AUGUCGGAUUAUAAUUUCGACCACUCGGGUUUCACCCAAGAACAUAUCCGGCAUCUCCAAGAAAACCCUCUUGAAGCUUGUCAGCGAGAAAAUGAAUCGCUUCGUAUUAGACUGGAAACGUUCAAUCGUAUGCUUCUCGAAGCUAAAGAGGAAUCGCAAAAAAGAUUAGAUCGUAUUAAACAGGUGAGAGACGAAAGGGAUGUGGCUUUUGAUGAAGGGGAAAAAUAUGCGACGAGAGAAAUUGGUGGACAGUUGGAGGCGUUGAAGAGGGAAAAAGUUGAGGCAGAGAGGAAGACUAAAGAAUUGGAAGAGCAGGUUGCGAAAUCGCGGGAGAUGGCGAUUCAGAUGAAAGCAGAAUUGAAAAAAUUGAAAGAGAGGAAAGAUGAGAAAGAAGAAACAGAUGAUGUUUCUCUUGAGCAGCAGAGAGAUAGAAUUGCAGAGGAGCUUGAGGAAGCAAAGGAGGUCAUUAAGGGAAAAGAACUUCAUAUACAACAUUUAAAGGAAGAAGCCAGGAGUAGGUCAUCGAGAGUGUCAGAGACACCACCGGUAGUGAGUGCACGAGUACAGGCUCUUAUAGAACAAAUCCAUGCGUUGCUGGCACAAAGAGAUGAUAUGAGACAACAAUUGGAGAUCUUGACGGAGAAUUUCAUAGGUACUCCGCCGAAGGAGGUUACGCCAAAAGGAGACACACCACUGAGAGGAACACCGGAGCAAAACACAGAACGGCCGCCUGGUAGAUCCGGUGCUAGUGCGGGCCUAGGUAGUGCUAAUUUCAAAGGCAGUAGACGAAUCUUGCAUGCCCCUUCUCCUUUGAGACAACAGUCUUCUACCACCGAAUCGGUAGAAGAUGAAGAUUCAGAAAAAGAGAUGGAAGUGAAAGAACGUGAUUCUGAGCGAGAAGAGGAGGAAUCAGAUACUGAAAAAGAAGAAGAAAAUCUAAAAGAAAGUAUCGAAAUAGACGAAAACGACACAUCGCUGGAAAGUUAUCGAAAAGACAAAGAUCUACACUACCAGCGACUUGUCAACCGCAUCAAAGAACUCGAGAGAAGGAAUCUGCGUCUCGAGCGCUAUCACGACAUGUCCCACGUAACACGCGCAAUCCUCAGUUUGACACCCAUUCAUUUCGAAGCAUAUCGUGAACGUAAAGAGGCUAAGAGGAAAGAGGGAAUGGUAUUGCUCGAUAUCACGGAUAAGGAACGUAAGAUUCUACGAAAACAAAAUCGGAAGCUCGAAAAACAGUUGCAGGCAUUGGCGGAUCUGAGAUGCAAGGAGAAAGAGAAAGAUACGGGGGAUGCACAGGAUUUUAUACUCACACAAGCUCAACAUGAUGCAAACGAAAAUGCUACGAAAGAUUACAAAAGAUUGUAUGAGGAGGCGGAAAUGGUAGUGAUGAAUAUGCUAGAGACCUGUGCGGAUGUCGAUGCCGAAGAAGUCUCGGAAUUGCGGAAGGAGCGGGAAUUUCAUAAGAAGCGAAUAGAAGAACUGGAAGAGGAAAUCGAUGGUCCAUUAGGACUGAGAGAACAAUUGGCAUUCGGAACUGCUGAAAAUGCAGACGAUUUCAAUGCGGAGAGGGAGUUAACACGAGUCAGAGCUGAGCUCGAAUGGUGCAUAAAGGAAAGAGACAUGGCUAUGGAGGAAUCACACGUGGAGGAAAACCUCACAUCCAUCAAAGAACUAAUGGAUCAAUCAUCCCAGAAACUCGAUGUUGACAUCUAUCCCAACGAGGAAAAAUACGAACAAUGCAAGGAAAUGACCAAAAAGUACCGACAAUGCCAGCGUGAAUUGAGCGACGAGAAAGAAAAGACCAAGUCUCUUGAAAGGUUUCUGGAAGAGAAGUACAUGGAAUAUGAAGACCUUGCCGGCGAUGUGCACGAUGAUUCGAUGAGCGCAAGAUUGGCUCGAGCAUUAAUUGAACUGUACCAAACGAAGCGAAAACUGAUGGAUAAAACGAUACAGAGAAAUAGUCUCACCAAGAGUGCUGUGGGAUGUUUAACGACCGUCUUGCAACACAAUGAAGUUCUGGAGCAGAAAAUAUACACACUGCAACAACAUCCCGAUCGCGAUCCUGAGCUUCCUAUCACAGAUGUAGAUUUGGAGAACGAAGAAACAAUUGCGAGACUCCAGUGGAAGACUGAUUUGUUGGAAAAACAGCUUCUUAAAGCUCAAUCGGAUAUCAAAUCUGCGGAGAAGAAGGCAAAAAGGUCGAAAGAGAGAUUGGAUGAAUACAUUGGGUUAUCUUUUAACAAAUCGAAUACGCACCCUAGAGUUGAAGCUUUGAGAUUGAAUAGACAGAGAUCUCCUCUCGAUCCGAACGCUACUGACCCGGAAGUCAUUGCGCAUUUGAAAGUUCAGCUCAAAGAUACGGAUGAUUUGGUGGAGCUUAUAUGUCAGAGAUAUGACGUUGCAGAGGGUGAAGCGGAAGAUGAAAAGGAGGGAUUGAAGGCAGAGAAUAUGGAGGCAGCAGAGAGGGCGGAGAAGGCGGAGAAGGCGGAGAUAGCGACGAGGAGAUUGGAGGAUUGUAUGGAUUUGGUGAAUGGACCUUUGAGUCAAAAAGAGGCGUGGGAUAAUCUGAAGAGAUUGUUGAGAGAGGCAAGGGAGGACUUGAAAACUAAAAUGAAUGAGUGGAAAGAGAAGGAUGGAGAACGUGAUUGGGCAGUUGAGAGUUUGGAGAAAAUGUUAAAAGAGAGUGAAGAAAGGGAAGCGGCACUCGCUAAGCUUCUACAUUCGACACAAGAGGACAUGAAGAGUGAAGGUACAAAGGACGCGAAGAUUGCAGAAUUGGAAGAACAGUUGAGGAGGAAUGAAGAAAGAAUACGAGACUUGCUCCGAGAGAAGGAUGAGAAUAAAGCCGAAGCUGAUGGAUUAGAAAGUUUCCUUCGAGCUAGCGAGACGCAAACGACACAACUUGAAGAACGACUUAGGAAGGCCGAAGAGAGAACUCGAGAUUUGCAACUGGAGAAAGAUACUCAGCAAUCUGAGGCUGAAAGACUGGAGGAUCUUCUCAAAGCUCGUGAAACACAAACGGCUGAAUUUUUCAAGACAUUAAGAGAUGAAGAGGAGGAACAAUACCGAGUGGAAAUCGAGAGGUUACAUGAACUUCUCCUAUUAAGAGAAAAUGAAGACGAACAAUUCCGUGAAGAAAUUGAGAGACUUCACGAACUACAUAAAACUAGUGAGGGAAAGGUUACCGAGCUUCUCGAGAUAUCAAUCACGACUUCGACACGAUUAUCUGAUCUCGAAGACGAGAUCACGAGAUGGAAAGUCGUUGCUGGAGAAAGCAUUGGGGAGAUUGAAAAUUUACAGAAAAAGUUGGAAGAUGCAGAGGCGAAGGUUGAAUUGCACAGUACAACGCAGAAUCAAAAUGCGGAAACGCAAACUGACACACCUACAUCCACAAGCAUGGAAACACAAACGGAAGAUAUUGAACUUCGACAAUCCGCAGUUCCACCUUCUACAGUUGAAAUCAAGCCAAAGAAAUUCAAAGGAAAGUCUCCAAAACAGAAGCCCAUCACAAAGAUCCCGCGAGAUCCACGCUAUCAUCCUCAACAUCCCGAUUCUGAAUCCUCAGAUGAAGAACCAGAGUCCCCUGAGCCAUUCAAACCGCAGCCUAAACACAACGUUGCACUUCGUCAAGAAAUGGAUUCAAGCCAUCCAGCUCCAUCGCCCUCUCCUGCUCCUUCAUUAACCAUUAGACUUACUUCCAAAGCCCAUGCGAAAAAGAAAGCUCACGGAAAGGAUAGUGUAGAAUACGAUUCACCGUACAAAUUCGAGACCGCGGUAGAAAGCGAAGAUGAAGAGAUACCGGAUGUGGAGAUAGCGCAGGAGAGUCCGAUUCAAGAAAUGCAGAAGGUGGGAGAGGCGGUGAAAUCGAGGGGGAGUAGGAAUACAAGGAAUCCGGAUCCGGUGUAUACCGGGCAGCUACUGGUGAGGGGACUUGGGAGGGGAGAGAAGGAGAAGAUGGGUGGAAAUAGGGCUGCUAGGGGCCAGAAGAGGAAAAUGAGUGAGAGUGGGAUUGAGACUGGGAAAGUGAAGAAGGGGAAAAGGCAGAACAGAAGUGUGUGA